AUGCUGAACGUCCCUUCCCAAGCUUUUCCGGCCCCCGGCUCCCAACAGCGCGUCGCCUCCCAGGGGCGAAGCAAGGUACCUUUAAAACAAGGCAGGAGUCUCAUGGAUUGGAUCCGACUGACCAAGAGUGGAAAGGACUUAGCAGGAGUGAAGGGCGGGCUAAUUGAAGUAACUGAGGAAGAGCUCAAGAAGCACAACAAGAAGGAAGACUGUUGGAUAUGCAUAAGAGGAUUUGUUUACAAUGUCAGCCCAUAUAUGGAGUAUCAUCCUGGUGGGGAAGAUGAACUUAUGAGAGCUGCAGGAGCUGAUGGAACAGAUCUUUUUAAUGAGGUUCAUCGUUGGGUCAAUUAUGAAUCCAUGCUGAAAGAAUGCCUGGUUGGCAGGAUGGCUGUGAAGCCUGCUGUUCCAAAAGACUGUCAUGAAGGAAAGAGAGUCUUAAAUGGCAUGCUUCCCAAGAGCCAAGUGACAGACACACUGCCCAGGGAAGGCCCUAAUUCUCCAAGCUAUGAUUGGUUCCAAACAGAGUCUUCAGUCACCAUUGUUAUAUACACCAAACAAAAAAAUAUCAAUUUAGACUCAGUAAUCAUUGACCUCCAGGAUGACUCCUUGAGAGCAGAAGCAGUCAUCAAGGACCAUUCUUACCUUAUACAUAUUGGGCUAAGCCAUGAAGUUCAAGAAAAUUUUUCUGUACGGGUUAUUGAAAAUGUUGGAAAAAUAGAGAUUGUCCUACAAAAGAAAGAAAAUGUUUCUUGGAAAUGUCUUGGUGAUCCCCUGGAAAAACAUGAUUCCUUUAUCCCAAAGAAAGAUACAGGCUUGUACUGCAGACGGUGCCAGUUAAUUUCCAGGGAAGAUGUAACUCAUGAUACGAGGCUUUUCUGUCUGAUGCUGCCUCCAAGUACUCACCUUCAGGUGCCAGUUGGGCAACACGUUUACCUCAAGCUCAGUGUCACAGGUGCAGAAAUAGUAAAGCCAUAUACACCUGUGUCUGACUCCUUACUCUCAGAUUUUAAAGAACCAGUUCUUUCCCCAAAUAAAUACAUCUACUUUUUGAUCAAAAUCUAUCCUGCUGGACUCUUCACACCCGAGCUUGAUCGUCUUCAGAUUGGAGAUUUUAUUUCUGUAAGCGGUCCUGAGGGCAAUUUUAAAGUAUCCAAACUCCAGGACGUAGAAGAUCUCUUUUUAUUGGCAGCCGGAACAGGCUUCACACCAAUGGUUACCAUAUUGAAUUAUGCUUUGUCUCAUAUGUCCAGUCUCAGGAAGGUGAAGUUGAUGUUCUUCAAUAAAACAGAGGACGAUAUAAUUUGGAGAUGUCAGCUAGAGAAAUUGGCAUUAAAAGAAAAAAGAUUUGAUGUUGAAUUUGUUCUCUCGGCACCUUCUCCAGAAUGGAAUGGCAAACAGGGCCAUGUGUCACGAGUUCUUCUCUCUGAAUUUUUGCAAAGAAGUGUAGAAAACUCUAAGGUCUUCCUUUGCAUCUGUGGACCAACACCAUUCACAGAUGAGGGGAUAAGGUUGCUACAUGAUCUUGGCUUUUCAGAUGAUGAGAUUCACGGUUUUACAGCAUAAAAAAGCUGCCAUUGUCUUUUAUUCAACUAUUUUAUAUUUGUGAUUGCCUAGGAUUUUUUAAAAGAAUUUUUCUAUGUACACAAGGUUAAUCACAGAAUCCAGGCUUUGGUUUCUGGAGUGAAGUCAUUUGUCUUCAGUAUAAGUAACUUCUUGGUUUAAUUUUGUAUCAUGACUUAUUUUACUGCUGAUGCCUGACCUGGAACGACAGUCGGAGCAACAGGUGCAUAUGGGAGCCUUUGUUUGAACUGCAAGUUUCUUGACCACUGAAAUUGUAUCACUGUUCUAUGGUAAACACUUGUAUUUUAUGACAUGAUAAACUAAGCAAUCAUUUUGGUCACUUUUUAUGCUGCAAGAUAUCUUCUGAGCAAUACAGAUUAAAUUUUACACUGCACUGUUACUCAGGAAUUGAUGGUGUAUGUCUUUAUUAGUCUUAAAACAUGGAAUGCUGUAACUGUUGGUCCAGUUUUAUGGGUGUCCAUGGCAUUAAUACAAGUAGAAUAAAUCUGUACUUCCAUA